AUGGCUAUGCGUCUGCUUCAUGGGACGCUUCGUGCUACAAUAUACGAGGCUGAUAGAUUACAGGGUGGAUGGGGGUUUGAUUUAUGCGGCAAGACUUCCAAUCCACAAAAGAUGACCAAAAGAUUCUUAUACAACAUCAAGAGAUACGUACUAUGCAGUCCUGAGGUUGUUGGUUCCAGAAUUUAUGCCACCAUCGAUUUGCAGAGGGCCAGAGUCGGGAGGACUAGAAUGAUAGAGAACGAACUUUCAAAUCCACGCUGGUAUGAGGAUUUUCACAUUUACUGUGCUCAUAUGGUUUCUAAUAUUAUUUUUACCGUGAAAGAUGAAAAUCCUAUUGGAGCAACAUUAAUUGGAAGAGCUUAUCUAUCUGUGGAGGAAAUCAUAGAUCGACAUAUGGUGGAUAGAUGGAUUGACAUACUGGAUGAAGAUAUGAAUCCCAUCCACGGAGGCUCUAAGAUACAUGUAAAACUGCAAUUUUUCCAUGUUACUCAAGAAAGUAACUGGUCUCGAGGUAUCAGAACUCCAGGAUUUCCAGGUGUCCCUUUAACAUUCUUCCCUCAGAGACAGGGCUGUCAAAUUUCCCUCUACCCAGAUGCUCACGUCCCAGAUAAUAGCCCCACAAGAUAUCUUACGUCUAUGGGAUUUUAUGAACCACAAAGAUGCUGGGAGGACAUGUUCAAUGCAAUUAAUGGUGCUCAACAUUUGAUUUACAUAACAGGUUGGUCAGUAUAUACUGAAAUCACUUUAAUAAGGGACCCAAAGAGGCAAAAGACAGGAGACGAUAUACUUCUGGGCGAGCUGUUGAACAAGAAGGCGGACCAAGGUGUGAACGUUCUCGUGCUUGUCUGGGAUGACAGAACUUCGGUACCACAACUGAAGAAGGAUGGUCUAAUGGCAACCCAUGAUCAAGAAACAAAAGAUUACUUUCAGAACACAAAUGUGCGUUGUGUACUGUGUCCUCGAAACCCUGAUGAUGGUAACAGCAUAAUCCAAGGAAUUCAGGUUUCAACCAUGUUUACUCACCACCAAAAGACAGUUGUAGUAGACAGUGAAUUCCUGGGAGAUGGGUCUCAAAAAAGAAGGCUAGUUAGUUUUGUUGGUGGCAUCGAUCUAUGUGAUGGAAGGUAUGACACGCUAGAUCAUUCCCUAUUUAGGACAUUGGGCACAGUUCAUUAUAAAGAUUUCCACCAGCCCAAUUUUCCAGGCUCCUCCAUCGCAAAAGGUGGUCCUAGGGAACCCUGGCACGAUAUUCAUUGUAGGCUUGAAGGGCCUGUAGCUUGGGAUGUCUUGUACAACUUCGAACAGAGAUGGAGGAAACAAGUAGGGAGUCAGUAUCUCUAUUCCAUUAAUGAUCUUGAUAGGUUUAUUGCUCGCCCGACACCUGUUAACUCGUUAGAAGACCCUGAAACAUGGAGUGUUCAAAUAUUCCGUUCAAUUGAUGGUGCCGCUGCUUCUGACUUCCCAACUACACCCGAGGAAGCAGCACAAAUAGGCCUCGUUAGUGGAAAGGACAACAUCAUAGAUCGCAGCAUUCAAGAUGCCUACAUCAAUGCAAUUCGAAGGGCCCAGAAUUUUAUAUACAUAGAAAAUCAGUAUUUUAUUGGGAGCUCAUAUGGUUGGAAGCCAUCAAGGGAGGUAACAAUUGAGGAUAUUAACGCCUUGCACCUUAUACCAAAGGAGCUCUCACUGAAGAUUGUAAGUAAGAUUGAAGCAGAUGAGAGAUUUACCGUCUACGUUGUCAUUCCUAUGUGGCCAGAAGGUAUACCAGAUAGUGCCUCUGUUCAGGCAAUUCUUGAUUGGCAGAAGAGGACAAUGGAAAUGAUGUAUUCUGAUAUUUAUAACGCCCUACUAGCUAAGGGAGUUACUGAUGUAGACCUUAGGGACUAUUUAACUUUCUUCUGCCUUGGCAAUCGAGAGAUCAAGUCAGUCGGAGAAUACAUUCCUACGGAGGAACCUGAUCCAGAUACUGAUUAUAGUCGAGCUCAAAAGUCCAGGCGCUUCAUGAUUUAUGUUCACGCAAAAAUGAUGAUAGUUGAUGAUGAAUACAUUAUCAUUGGAUCGGCCAACAUCAAUCAAAGGUCAAUGGACGGUGCAAGAGACUCCGAGAUAGCAAUGGGAGGCUUCCAACCACAUCACUUGGCAAACGGCCAGCCGGCCAAGGGUAAGAUAUUUGGUUUCCGAAUGGCCUUAUGGUACGAGCACCUUAACUAUAUAAACGAUUCUUUCUUUCAUCCGGAAAGCUUGAAAUGUGUACGGAAAAUUAAUGAAAGUGCUGAUAAAAACUGGAAUCAAUACACAAGUGACAUGCUUGAGGAAGACCUCGAAGGACAUCUUCUUCGCUAUCCUGUUCAUAUUUCCAACGAAGGAGAGAUUACGGCCCUCCCUGGAUUCGAAUGCUUUCCUGACACUAAAGCUCAUGUUCUCGGCAAUAAAUCUGACUAUCUUCUACCAAUCCUCACGACCUGA